AUGAUAAUGCCUAAACUUUUAUUCGUCCUAAUUUGCUUAUUAUCGUCUGUUUCUGCCAUACGUUAUGUUAAUGAGUCACACAUUAUCGAUUUCAUAACUUGUAUCAAUACAACAGGUCGAAGAUAUAAUUAUACCAUUGAACCAAAUGGUGGUUUACUAAUACAACCAUUUGAAUUAAGAGAUAUGGAUAGAGAAGGUAUUGACUUUGGAGUACAUGAAUGUGUAUUUGAUUUUGUCACAAGUGGUAAUAUUGGUAGUGUUGGGCUUAGUGGGAAUGUCUAUGAAGAAGAUGAUCCAAGUAGAAGUAGAUGGUUGAAUUAUGAUCUGGUCCAUCGAAUCGUAGCUCAAGGUUUGCGGUUUAACGAUAUACCUCAUGAUUUAUAUAUAGAUCCUGAUAUAGAUUGGGUUGGUGCAUGUUUAGAUUAA